AUGUUUGUUAUACUCUUUGCCAACGUUACAAUGAGGAUUCCUUGCAAAAUGCCAAAGCUUUAUACUGUUACUAGAUACAUUUCUUCAUCUCCCGUUCUCUUAAAGCAACCGCCUUAUGACAGACUCCGAUCAAAAAGACGCAACCCUCCUCCAUUCCACACUCUUCCUUUUUAUGAUGAAGCACCAGCGAAGAGUUUGCCGAAGAAACCACUGAAAGUCAGUGGUCAGUGGGGUCAACAGACAAAAAAGUCAAAGAAUCAAGGUUCCGCCAUGGUGAACUCUUAA